CCCCAUUGACGAAGCUUCAAAUUCUGAAUGCCUCUGUUUCCAGAAUCGAAGAAUUAGAGCCAUGAAGGUAGUACUGGUUCUCACUCUACUUGGGUUCGUUCUCUGCCACCUCGUCUCCGCCGAGAUCAACACAGCUCAUCUAGGUGGCACUUUUAGUCGCAGUUCUCGUGAGCCGAAGUACAAGAUUGAAUUCCAUUCUGAAGAGUCUCCUUUUCUCCCUGAAGAUGAUCAGGAGUCUGUUGUUAUGCCCAAUAAGAAUGGACAGAACUUUAUAUGUUACAUGCCUACGGUGGAGGAAGCUAAGAGUGGGAAGCCAAUUCUCCAGCAGAAUACUAGCAGCAUGAUUGUGGAAACUGAGAAACCAGUUAAGAUGAAGACACCAGAUGAGCUGCUUGAAGUACUCAAGGACCAAUGCUUUAUCAGACAAGAGGGUUGGUGGGCAUAUGAAUUUUGCUAUCAGAAGAAAUUACGACAAAUUCAUGUGGAAGAUGAAAAGGUUGUUCAGGAAUUUGUUUUAGGCAUAUAUGAUGCCGAGGCCACUGCUGCAUAUAACCAGAAUCUCUCUGACAUAUCUUUUCUUAAAGAUCCACGCUCAAAAGAUGCAUACCAAAGGUAUCAUCCGCAUCAAUAUACAAACGGAACCACUUGUGAUCUUACAAACCAGCCUCGAGAGACUGAGGUGAGAUUUGUAUGCUCAGAGCCGAGGGCUAUGAUUAGUUCAAUUACAGAGAUAGCCACUUGCAAGUAUGCAGUUACAAUUCAAUGCCCCACGCUUUGCAAGCAUCCAUUAUUCCAAGCAGAGAGACCGGUAUGGCAGACCAUUAAUUGUAAUGUUCUUCCCAAGGAUUACAAGGAAACAAAAGCUGAGGAUGAAGAAUCUGAGAUUAGGCAGAUAGUUAUGGUCACAGACAGCGAGUCCAGUGAUGAUUUGACCGAGUAACUUGUUUACGAAUUCAGAGAAUUUUGUGAAUACUAAUGAUAGCCAACCUUUUGUAAUCUUGUACUCUUACACUUUCAAAAGUCUAUAGAAACCUAGUCAUUGAUUGUCGUCUAUAACCAUGAUGCUCUUACACAUUUCAAAAGUUUAUAGAAACCUAGUCCGUUGAUUGUCGUCUAU